GUCUUAGACACACAAACACACAAAUACACACACAUGUGGAGCUCUUCCUUGCCUCCUGGGGGUAUAUAAGUAGAAGCAGGAGGCUCCUGGACGGAGCAGCAGCAGCAGCAGCAGCAGCAGACCGACUCCAACCAGCAGCAACUUUUUUCUACAACUUCAGCUGAGUUCUGCAAGGAAUCGCACACCCUGAACUAUCACCACCAUGUCUGAUCAAAGUGUCACCCCGACCCCUUCUCCUGCUCCCCCUCCUCCCACCGGACCUCGUCCCAAGAUGACAAGUCGUGGUCGCACCACAGUUCCAGUCGACAGCUCCAACUCGAGCUCAACGGACGUCCCUGAGAUUGAAUACUUUGGUGCACCGGGCCCGAGAGGAUUUCCACCUCUGACUGAGUAUCUGGACAUCUGGGACGUGGACAUGAUGAAGAGGCCGGAUGAAAGCAACAAGAUGGGUCACCACACCAUGCUGUUCAACUCGGACUAUCUGAUCGUCCGUCGAGGACAAGAGUUCCAGGUCAAGAUCACCUUCAAUCGUCCCUACAAACCUGCUGAAGACAAGUUCGCUGUGGAGUUUGUCAUCGGUUCCAGCCCUCAGUACAGCAAAGGCACCUACAUUCCUGUCUUCCCCACAAAGGAGCGUCAGAGCACCUGGGAGGGUCGCAUCACAAAUACCUCCGACAACGUGGUCACCAUGGGCAUCACCCCUGCGGCCAACUGCAUUGUGGGCAAGUACCACAUGUACGUCGCCGUGUUGACGCCUCACGGCAUCCGCAGGACCAAGCGGGACAACAGCCGAGACCUCUACAUCCUCUUCAAUCCCUGGGCGGCAGAUGAUGCUGUGUUUCUGAAUGAUGAGAAAGAGAGGAAGGAGUGUGUGAUGACUGAGAUGGGGAUCAUCUAUCAUGGCGCCUAUGACGACGUGGCUGAGAGAGACUGGAACUAUGGACAGUUCAACUAUGGUGUCCUGGAUGCAUGUCUGUACAUCAUGGACCGAUCUGAGAUGCCCAUCACCAACAGAGGAGACCCCAUCAAGGUGACCAGAAAGGCAUCUGCCAUGCUGAACUCUCGUGACGAUGAAGGUGUGCUGGUGGGGAACUGGAGCGGUGACUACACCUACGGAGUGGCGCCCACUUCCUGGACCGGCAGCACUGACAUCCUGCUCAGCUACACCAGCAGCAAGAUGCCCAUCUGCUACGCUCAGUGCUGGGUCUACGCCGCUGUCUUCAACACCUUCCUGCGCUGUCUGGGCAUCCCAUCCCGGGUCGUCACCAACUUCUAUUCUGCUCAUGACAACGAUGGAAACCUGAAGACCGACAUAAUCUUGGAUGAGAAUGGCAGGAUUGACCGAAACCGUACCAGGGACUCUAUCUGGAACUAUCACUGCUGGAAUGAGUGCUACAUGUCCAGACCAGACCUUCCUCCUGGUUUUGGAGGCUGGCAGGUUGUGGAUGCAACACCGCAGGAGACCAGUGAUGGUAUGUACAGAUGUGGACCUGCAUCAGUCCAGGCCAUCAAACAUGGACAGAUUUGCUAUCCAUUUGAUGCUGCCUUUGUGUUUGCUGAGGUCAACAGCGACGUGGUGUUCUAUUCCCGGAGUAAAGACGGCACCAUGGAGCCAGUCAAAGUGAACCGGACUCAUGUCGGCCGCAUGGUUUUGACCAAAUCUCCCGGAGACGUGACCCGACGUGACAUCACCAAUCAGUACAAGUUCUCUGAAGGCAGUACAGAGGAGCGGACUGCCCUGGAAAAAGCGGAGGAGUACGGUUGUAAACGAGAGAAGUCCGACCCUGCCCUGGCGGAUGUGGAUCUGGUCCUGCCAACCCUGGAGAUCAGCAUUGGUGAUGACUUCGAGCUGAACCUGGAGUUCAUAAACCGCAGCGACGAGCAACGCACCGCCGACGUCUACAUCAACGGAAGUGUGGUGUAUUACACCGGAGUCACCAGUUCUGAGUUCCUGUUCAGGACCCCCACAGUGAAUCUUGGCCCCCAAAAAACUGUUAAGGAGACGGUGAUGGUCGAGUCAAAGAAGUACAUGAAACAUCUGGUGGAACAGGCAAACCUUCACUUUAUUGUCACCGGGAAGAUCCGAGAGACCGGGCAGAUCGUCACAGCGAUGAAAGUCGUCACCCUGCGCAAUCCUAAACUCACCGUUGAGGUGUCUGGUGUGGCCAAGGUGAGUGAAGAGAUGAUGGCGACUGUGGAGUUUACAAACCCCUUCAGCUUCAGCCUGGAGGGCGUCUACAUUCGCAUGGAAGGGCCUGGGGUCAUGAUGCCCAAGAACAGAUAUUACAGUCUGAUCCCAGCCGGCUCCUCUCUGACCUGGACCGAGCUCUUCAUCCCACACAGGGCUGGAGAAACCCGGGUGAUCGCUACUCUGGACUGUCCCGCUCUCAGGCAGGUCCACGGCCAGGCGACUUUCACCGUCGAGGCCUGAGGAUCCCUGCAGGAUCACUGACGUCCACCAGCAUUCAGCUUCAGCUAUACUUCAGCCUAAAUAUGGGCCUUUAUCAUACUUAUAUAACUGUAGGUUUAAAACAGGCAUGCAGUAGCUUUAGCAUUUACAAUAACAGUGGUGAUAGUUUUAAAAUACUGCAGAGACAACAGACUUAAAAGCAGCAAGUUCAUAAAAAUCUCUGAGAAAAGAUAAAUAGUUUAGCAGGCAAUCAAAUGCAAAGAAAUUACAGAAUUUUAUUCAUGAACAAGAUGACAAUUUUUUGCUGAAAAGUUAAUAAAUAGGAAAGCAUUUUAAUUUUAGAGCUGCAUUAGUCAAUCACAGUCACAACUUCUGCCCUGAUAUAUUAUCACAUCGCAACUUUAUUCUCCAAAAUCCAAUUUUUGCCCCAAUUUUGACUUAGCUUACAUGCCAAUGAUUGAUUAUAGUCACCAGUUAAUUUCUUACGUUAUCUGAAUCUCAUUUGGCACAGUGGGCCUAAUAGAGCUGUGUUUCCUGAAAAUGACUGCACCAAAUUGUAAAAAUGUGCCAUAAAACCAAAACAACUGGACAAAGGUUACUAAAAAGCUCAGUAUAUCUGCAGAGUUGAGUGAUUGUUCUCUGAGGAUACGAGUGAGUCUCUUUUUCACUAUACGUUAUGCAAAAUACAGAUUAAUCCAACUUUACCUUUGACACUUUAGCUGUUUAUGUUGACAUUUACCUCCAUAAUGCAACCAUCAUUCAGUUGAAAUGUCAAUGUUUCUUGCUACUAUUGACCAAAUAAAGGAUUAACACCUGCAUAA